AUGGGGGACACCGAGGCUCCCGACUCGAACGGGCCGCGCCGGUCCGUCCUGCUGUCCGUCCUGCCGAGCAGAGAGUUCAUCUCCUCCAAGAAAGGAAUGCUGCUUCUGGCUGAAGUGGCUCUUUGCUUCAUAUCCUUUGUGUGUUUUGCUGCGUCAGCAGCGGCAGCCUUCGUCACCGUCCCCCUGCUGGAGUUCCUGGCUGCCGUCUUCCUGCUGUUUGCUUAUUCUACAAAAUUCAACAAGAGGUUCAAAGGUUUCUGUUGGCCUCUGACGGAUUUCCUGAGAUGUGUGACGGCCUCCAUUAUUUUUUUCAUCAUCUCCAUUAUGGCGGUGUCUAAGUACGCAGAUGGUUCCUCUAAAGCUGCCGGGGUUUUUGGGUUUAUCGCCACCAUUGUUUUCGCUUUAGACUUUUAUCUGAUUUUUAAUGAGCUGGCCGGUUUCCUGAAACAAGGAGGGGAGUCCAACGAGGAGCCUUCAGCACCGAGAGACGAGUUUUCAGACUCGGACUCGGAUUGAAACUCACCGACGGGUGGAUUUCAUCUGAACUUUUAAUGGAGAAGUGAGCACUGCUGAGCCGCCAUCCGCACCUGCACCUGUUCCCUUUAAAGAGUGAAGGACAAAACCCACGACGGCGCCACGUCAGCUGUGGGUCGGUCGUUGACUCUGGAAAUCUGCACGAGUUUGUUCUGACGUCGUUUCUAGCGACACUUUAAUU